GGCCACCAUUUUACCGAUGUUCGGUCGACUUCGUCGCAGCGCCGCGCUGGGCUGCCACGGCCGUGUGCCACGUGCAUCGUGCCGUGCUAUGUCAGGUUUCACCAUCGUUAGUGAGGAUGCUCUUGUCGGCGCUGCUUCUGCCGAUCCUUCGUCGAUUGAGUUGACCCCGGAGCAAGUGGUGUACCAACUCGACCAGCACAUCAUUGGGCAGACGGACGCCAAGAAGGCCGUGGCUGUGGCGUUGCGCAAUCGAUGGCGCCGACGCCAAAUUGAAGGACCGAUCCGUGCUGAAAUCUCGCCCAUGAACAUCCUCAUGAGCGGACCGACUGGGUCGGGCAAAACGGAGAUUGCCCGCCGCCUGGCGACGUUGACGGCGUCGCCGUUCAUCAAGGUUGAAGCGACUAAGUUCACUGAAAUCGGUGUGUUUGGUGCGAACGCGGAAUCGAUGGUGAAAGAUCUCGUCGAAGUCGCUGUCGAAAUGGAACGAGCCGCUGUCCAAAAGACGAACGCGAACGCCGCCCGAGAACGCGCUAUCGACCGCCUGGUUGCUGCAUUGACCGCGCGCACAGAGCUCGUGUCCGAGGCGCUGCGUCGCCGACUUCGCGAAGACAUUGCGUCAGGCGCUGCCGACGACAAGAUCGUCACGAUCAAGUUAAAGCCCGUGCAGAGCCCACUAAAAUCUCGCUCGAUGUCCGACAUGGAAAUCCCGCCAGAGCUCGAUCAAGCGAUGCGGCAAAUGUCCGAGAUGCUGGGCCGACUGAAUGGCAGCAAAACCUGUUCGUCGAAAGGAUCGGGAGGCACCCAGAUGACUGUGAAGGAAGCGCUUCCGCGCCUCCAAGCGGAAGAAGCAGCGAAUUUUGUGGUCGAAGACGACAUCGUCCGCCGCGCGAUUGAAAACGUCCAGACAAACGGGAUCAUCUUCCUCGAUGAGAUCGACAAACUCGCCCACGACCGGCACAGCCACCACAGCAGCUUCCGCAAGGGCGAAGGCGUCCAAAAGGAGUUGCUCGCGCUGACUGAAGGCUGCGCCGUAACGACGCGCCAUGGCAUCGUGUACACGGACCACAUUCUGUUUAUCGCGAGCGGAGCUUUUCACAACGUGAGUCCAUCCGAUUUGAUGCCAGAACUCCAAGGACGCCUGCCGAUCCGCGUCAACCUGUCGCCAUUGACCGAGCACGACUUUGAGCGCAUCCUCACGGAGACCCAGUUCAACCUGCUCGACCAAGUCCGCGCGCUCAUGCACACGGAGCAAGUAGAGGUCACGUUUACGCAGGACGCCGUCCAACAGAUCGCGCACGUGUCGGCGAAAGUCAAUGCCCAGACAGACAACAUUGGCGCGCGUCGCCUCGCGACUGUUGUGAGCAAGAUCACAGAGCACAUGUCAUUCCACGCGCCGUCCCUGCGCGGCACGAAAGUCACGAUCGACAAAACCUACGUCCAAGCGCAUCUCAAGGACGUCCUCAAGCAGACCGACUUGACCAAGUACAUCUUGUAGACGAUUCCAUCAUCGACCUUAACAACGCGAGUUGGAAUCGACGCGUCGUGGCCAUCCA